CAAUUGUUUUCUGGAAGUGUAAAAUAGCACCAGGGAAUGUUUGCGCUGAUCCGCCCAGGGAGCGCAAGUUCAUUUCCAAGUUUAUCAACGUGCGUCUGUGAAGGGGAAAAAGCCCGCUUUGCGCGCAUGCAAAAUAGGAAUGAGACAUGCGUUUGUGUAUGAAGUGAUUUGCGCCGGGUGCAAGAUAGAGCCCAUGGUAUGUUUGAUACUUACAGUAGGGUAGUGAUGCUCGUAGGUUCAUUUCUCGAACAUUUUACUUUCAGUAAAACAGUACAAUUGUAACCAGUGAUGUAUCUGUGUGUGUGUGUGUGUCUGAAUGACGCUGCAGCUUGACGUAUUUUGUGUACUUUAAGAAGUUUUGUUUUUUCUCAAAUGAAAUAGGCUAACAGUGAUAAUAUGCUCACAUUGCUGGAGCAGUAUGGCCUAGUUUCGAAAGUUGAGUGUCACUCAGAGUCAAGACCAUGUAAUACCACAAAGUAAAAUCAUCAGUGUUAAAGUACACAGUUCAGAGUUUAUAUGAGCCUAAGAGUUAUACUGGAUAGUGUCACUACAUAGCAACGGAUUUAAACACUAAUAGUUGAUGAGAUGAGAGGAAGUUACCAACCAUAGAAGUUGCUGACAAUGUUUAAUAGAAGAGCUGUAACUAUAUAUAAUGAAGAGGAAGACGGACAGAAACGGACAGAAGCAGAAAUGUCUGAUCAGUGUGAUCUGUGUCUGCUGGGACUGAUCAUUCUCUCUUCACUUCUCACAGGCACCAGUGGAGCGGAUGAUGUGUUCAUCAGUUCUGGUGUAGAUGUCCGUCUGUCCUGUAAUAAAACUCUUUCUGACUGCAAAUCAACUACAUGGAUCUACUCUAACAGAUUCAGUCAUUCAGCAGGAGUUGAACUGAUUAAUUUAGGGAUAAAGAAGAAACACACAGAGAGACAUGAGAGACUGAGUCUGGAGUCUGACUGCUCUCUGAACAUCAAGAACGUCACAGAAGAAGAUUAUGGAGUAUACAGAUGCGAACAAUUUGUGAACGGACAACAACAAGGAACUGAUGCACGUGUUUAUCUGCAUGUUCUUCAUGUUUCAGUGUCUCCAUCUUCAUCAUCAUCUUCAUCCUCACAGACUGAGAUCAGUCCAGGCCGCUCUGUGACUCUCUCCUGUCAGUUGAAUUCAUAUUUUAGACUCUCCUGUGAUUAUUUGGUUCGUUAUGAGGGAGUUGAGCUGUUGUGGGUGAAUCAGGCUGGUGUUGAUCUGAAGACCGACUCCAGAUAUCAGAUAUCAUCAUCAUCAUCAUCAGAUCAAUAUCGCUGUAUCAUCACUCUGACUACAACACUCCUGGAUGAAGAUAACAACAGAGAGUGGAGAUGUCAGCUUACUCACAGAAAUCAACUCCAGACCUCAGUCACAUACACUGUCAAGUAUUCAGGUGAUGUGUGUGAACAUUCAUCUUCUGCAGCUCCAGUCUCUUCAACAACACUGACUCCAGUCAGCAGAUCAAACUCUGAGAAGACAUCAAGCAGAACUACAGCAACAGCUCCUACACAAGGUUCAUGAUCACAUGACCACUGGCACACAUCAUCACUCUCGCUUCAGUGGUUUGAUCACACCACAGUAAAAUCAGCCGGAUAAUUCCAUCAAUUCAGUAUUGAAACCUCAAAGGAUAUAUUGUGUUCAUGCAUUAAAAUAUGACAUAUUUCUAUUUCCAUCUUGUUUUCUAAUAGUUGUGACUUCAACUACAUCUACUACAGUAACAGCACGUCCCACAGGAACUGCUGGAUUAUUAUACAGAGUGAUUGUGAGUAUUGUUGAGAUGGCAGUGUUUGCUGCUCCUACUGUGAUUCUUCUUCAGAUCAUCUGUGCAAGAAGAGCUGGGAGGAAGAACUCGAGACACCCGGAAGA